UGUAGAAGAAGUAUUUUCUGAAACCUUGCGGCGGUUGGUGGUUGUUCUGUUAGUACAAUAAGAAGUCUAUUUCGUAAUUCAUGUGUUGAACGUUUUUAAAUCUAGAAAGUUUUAAAAUAUGGUUUUAACAAAAGAGUUUCGCAUAUGCAUGCCACUAACAGUGGAAGAAUAUCAAAUUGGACAAUUGUAUAUGAUAGCACGCCACAGCUUGGAACAGUCAGGUGAUGGUGAAGGUGUUGAAGUCGUGGACAAUUCACCGUGUGAGGAUCCUGAACAUGGAAAAGGACAAUACACUGAAAAGCGUAUACAUUUGUCAAGCCGCUUACCGUUUUGGGCACAAGCCAUCUGUCCGCGUGUAUUCUAUAUCACGGAAAAAUCCUGGAACUAUUAUCCAUUUACAAUAACAGAAUAUACAUGCUCUUUUAUUCCCAAAUUGAAUAUUUUUAUUAAAACCAAAUAUGAAAAUAAUAACGGCAGCUCAGAUAAUUGCAUCGGUCUAACAGAAGCAGAGCUGAAGACUCGCAUUAUAGAUGAAUUGGAUAUUGGAUUUGAUGAACUAAGCAGUGCAAAGCACUACAAACGUGAAGAAGAUCCAAAAUUCUUUAAAUCCGAGAAAACCGGACGUGGCCCACUUAUUGAAGGUUGGCGUGAAAAUGAUACCCCGAUUAUGUGUUCCUAUAAAGUUGUACAAGCCAGCUUUGAGGUUUGGGGCUUUCAAACACGCGUAGAAGAUUUUAUACAACGCUCAAUACGUGAUAUCUUAUUAUUGGGUCAUAGACAAGCUUUUACUUGGCUUGAUGAAUGGCUAGGUAUGACAUUGGAAGAUGUGCGUGAAUAUGAAAAACAAAAACAAGCUGAAACUAAUGAAAAACUUAAAAAUAAUGGAGUGGAAGAUGAGACUGUACCAGUUGAUGUAGUAAAUGGUAUUACAUCACCACCUACUAAAGAAGUUAUAACAGUUAACGCUGAUGAAAUUGAUUAAUAAUAUAUAGGUAUGAUAACAUAUCCACAUAGUAUAGUAUGUGAUGAAAAAGAAAAAAAUGCAGGAAGUAAAGUUUUUUAAGUCUUAUGCGCAAGUCGGGCAUAUGUGUUCAAUUACAGUACAAUUCUAACUUAACUAAUUAAUGUGUGUUAUUACAAUAUUAUAUAGCUUUAAUUAAGCUAUGUUAUGUUUUCCUAUAGCUUUAUUUAUUAUUUUGAUUUGCAAUGUAAUAUGUCUUACUUAAACUUUCUAUAUUGUGUGUAGUGUGUUCAAAACUAAUUAUUGUAUAUAAGUAAUUAUACAUGAAACUUAUAUCAAGAAGUCCAUUAGAUGUGUUAAAAAAUACUAUGCCAUAGAUAUAUAUGUAUAAGCUAUUAAAUUAGCAACAAUAGUGUGUAAGUGUUAGAAUCGUUAUUGAUAAAUUACAUAAACUAGUUUGCUAUUGUCAUUUUAUAAAUAUUAAAUGAGUCAAAAAUGAAUAAAAGUAUAUUAAUGUUCAAUACUUAAAAGAUAGUAUUGAACAUGUUUUUGUAGGCUUUGUUCAUUUAUAAAAUGUAUCUUUUAAUAUAAUUAAUUAU